AUGAAAGUAGAGGAAGAGGGAAUUUCACUAAAAGGAACUGUGUUAGACCCAUUAAUUGAAAAGUAGGAAAUUAAAUUAAGAGAAAUAAUACUUAAUUAGACAAUUUCUUAAAAAAAGUCGUGUAAUGAAAUCAAUAAUAGCAAAUACUCUAUAUUGACAUUUUUACCUUUAGUAUUGUUUUAUUAAUUUUAACAUUUCUUUAACUUAUACUUUUUAGGAUUGACUAUUACUUAAUUCAUACCUGCUUUAAAAGUAGGUAAAAUAUAAUGUUUUAUUAUAUUAGGAUUUAUUAUCAAUUAUGUAGGUCCAUUAUCAAUAGUUGUAUGUUUAUCUAUGUGUAAAGAGGCUUAUGAUGAUAUUUUAAGACAUUCAAGAGAUAGAUAAAUAAACAAUCAACUUUAUUAGAUAUUAACAAUAGAAGGUUUGAUGAACAAGAAAUCAGGAAAUUUAUAAGUAGGAUAAAUUGUUUAAGUGAAUAAAGAUGAAAGAAUACCUGCAGAUUUAUUAAUAUUAAGAACAGAUGAUAAGGAUGGAAAUGCAUUUAUUAGAACAGAUUAAUUAGAUGGUGAGACAGAUUGGAAAUUGAGAAAAUCUAUUAAAAUAACACAAAAUAUGGAUGAUAAUUAAUUAACAUCCAUAUCUGGAUUAAUUUAAUUUGAAUAACCUCAUUAAAAUAUAAAUAUUUUUAAAGGAUUAGUAUAAAUUGAUGAAAUAGAUGGAAAAUAAGUUCGUGAAUCAAUAAAUUUAGAAAAUGUUAUUUGGGCAAAUAGUGUUUUGGCUGUAGGAUAAAUUUAUGGGAUAGUAAUUUAUAAUGGAAAUGAGGCAAAAAUGAUGAUGAAUUAAAAGAAGGCUUAAACUAAAAAGGGAAUUUUUGAUGUUGAAGUUGAUAAAUUAAGUAAAUUAUCAUUUUUCAUUAUGAUUGUUUUGGCUGUUAUCAUAACAUUAUUUAGCAGUCCUCCAAGAGAUCUUAGAUAUGUACUAUAAAUGUAUAUGAGAUAUUUAAUAUUAGUUAGUAACAUUAUUCCAGUAUUAAAUUAUAAUAUAUAAUUAGAUUUCUAUGAGAGUAAAUUUAGAGUUUGCAAAAAUAGUUUAUUCUAUCAGAAUUAAUAGAGAUAAUAAAAUUGAAGGAACUAUCACCAGGAAUUCAAAUAUACCUGAAUCUUUAGGUAGAAUUUCCUAUUUAUUAAGUGAUAAAACUGGUAAAUUUAAUUAUUAAUUGAAUGAGGCACUCUCACAUAAAAUGAUAUGAUUUUUAAGAGAUUUUCAUUAGAAAAUGAGAAAUAUACUAUUGAACAAGAAGACUUAUAAAAAGUAAAAUAAAUCCUCUAUGAUUAAUUUAAAUAUUCAAAUAAAAAGAAUGGAAAAAUGAGAGAUUUCUUUACAUGUUUAAGUGUUUGUCAUCAUGUAACACCAGUAGAUGAUGAAUAUGGAAAUCGUACAUAUUAAGCUUAAUCUCCAGAUGAAAUAGCAUUAAUUAAAUUUGCUGCAUAAUAAGGUUUCUAUAUAUCAUCAAGAGAUGAUAAAGAAAUCAUUAUACAUAUAGAUUAAAAUGAACUAAAAAUAAUGGAAAGAUAUUAAAUAUUAAAUAGUUUUCCAUUUUCAAGUGAAAAUAAAAGAAUGGGAAUAAUUCUAAAGAAUAAUUAAAAUUAAAUACAUUUUUAUGUUAAAGGUGCAGAUAUAGUACUCAAAUAAUUAUUACCAGAAUAAUAUUAAAGUUAUAUUGAUGAAGAGACAGAAAAUCUAGCUAGAAUAGGUUUAAGAACACUUGUAUUGGCUCAUAAAAAACUAUCUUAAUAAGAAUAUGAUGAAUGGAAUCAAGAAUAUAUAAAAGCAACUUAAUUAAUUGAAAAUAGAGAAUAGAAAAUGUAAAAGUUAAUUGAAUAACUUGAAAGAAAUUUAGAUUUUAUAGGAAUAACAGGUGUAGAAGAUAAAUUAUAAGAUGUAAUUAAUAAUAUUAGAUAAGGAUGUGUCACAUACUAUUGAAAAUUUAAAGAAUGCAGGAAUCAAUGUUUGGAUGUUGACAGGUGAUAAAAUGGAAACAGCUAUCUGUAUUGCUAUUCUAUCUGGUCUUAAACAUGCAACAUAAAAUUUUAUUAUUAUGAAAGAUGUUAUUGAUGAGGUACUAUUAUAAUUAUAUAAUAGAUAUAAAUGUCAUUGAUUUUAUAAAAUUUAGAGGCUAAUUCUAAUAAUGUAUUAGUUAUUGAUGGAACAAGUUUAUAAGAAGCAUUACAUGGAUUUGAAUAACAAUUUAUGAAAGCUGCUAUGAAUUGUCCUUCAGUAAUUUGUUGUAGAUGUUCUCCUACAUAAAAAGCUAUAGUAACUGAACUAUUAAAGAAAUACUCAGGACUUGUUGUAGCAGCAGUAGGUGAUGGAGGAAAUGAUGUUGGAAUGAUAUAAUCUAGUGAUGUAGGAAUAGGUGUUGAAGGUAAAGAAGGUAAAUAAGCUGCUUUAGCAUCUGAUUUUUCAAUCUUAAAAUUCAAUUCAUUAAAUUUGCUAUUAUUAUGGCAUGGGAGAUUAUCAUACAAAAGAAGUUCUUUACUUUCUUAAUUUAUUCUACAUAGAGGUCUUCUGAUUGCCACAGUUUAAACUAUAUUUAUGUUUUUAUUUUACUUUCUGUCAAUCAGUUUAUUCUCUGGUUUUUUAAUGUUUGGAUAUUCCACUAUUUUCACGUAUACAUUAUUUAUAUAUUUAAGGAUGUUUCCUGUAUUUUGCAUUAUUUAUGAUGAAGAUGUUAAACAAGAAAUUGCUUUAAGAUUUCCACCUCUUUAUAAAUCAAUUCAAUAAGGAAGGUUACUUAAUACAAAGACAUUUCUUAUUUGGCUAUGGAAGGCUGUAUUCCAAGGUUUUAUUAUAAUGAUUUGUUCAAUUCUUUUGAUUAAGCAAGCCUUUUUAAGAUUAGAAACAACUGUUUUCACAUGUUUAAUAUUUACAUAAUAUGCUAUGACACUUACAGAAGUACUAAUAAUUAAAAUUUAAUAGUUAGAAUCUCUACAUAUUUAUAUGAUUAUGUCAAAUUUAUUGUCUGUAUUGAUCUAUCUUAUGACAUUAUUAUUGUUUCCUGAAUAACUCUUAGUAUAAGAUACAAUUGAUGUACCAUUUUUUGGAUGGGUGAUCUUAAUUUUAUUAAUGAGUUGGUUACCUUUGUAUAUUUUAAGGAGAAUCUUAAAAUCAGUGGAUCCAUCUGAUUACGAGAAACUUAUGGACUAAGUUUAAAGAGAAACAAUUAAUACGAAUUGA